CCUACACGUUGUGUGGUCUGUCCAAUAAGAUAUGGCAAUACUUGAGCAUAAGCUAUCGAUAAAUUCAAGUGAUUUGGGAUGACUUGUGAAUAGAAAUGUAGAGACUAUGCAGGACUAUGACUAGGCUCUAGAGACAUCGCUGUAGUGUCAGCUGCUUUUGUCAACCAGGCGGUCGCCAUGCAAAUACUAUCGCCAUAACAAGUUUGUUUGGUGUAUUGAUCAAACAAAAGAGCCGCAUUCAGUAAAAUGUAGAAGCAAACUGACGGCAGCGGACGCCAUGGAAUCGGAGAAGUUGAAUGACUUGAAUCGGCAAAUCAAUGAAAUUAAGAAACGAAUUCUGCUGGCUGAGGGUCAAAAGACGGCCAAUGCAGCGGAAUGGCAGAAGCAGAAUCGAAUUAACUGCGACACGAUUGGAACUUUGAAAAAGGAAAUUAAGGAAUUGACGGUUAAGGUAAGUCGACUACGCCAUCCGCUACAGCGCUCGGUGGUCAUUAAGGAUUCCAGCGCUGAGCCGCGUAAGAAGCAGAGUGCCACGCCCAGCAUCAUUGUGGGUAAGGCUACAUAUCCAAUUGGAGCGAAGAAUGCCGAAGAUGCGCUUUUCCUGACCGAUCUCAAGAUAACCGAGAGUCGCAAGCAAAUGGAUCUGCUGCGUCAUCGGUUCAAGACACGACAGCAGCACUUCAGUCGCUUGGUGGAAAAAUAUCGGGAACUAUUGGCUAACAAAGAGGCACAAAGCCAAAAUUUGGGUGAGAAGCCACCAGAGACACUCGAGGAGGACGCCAAUCGCAAGCUUGUUUGUCAGUUGGAGAAUGAGAUACAUCGCACCAACGUACAGUGGAUGGAAGCUGAGCACAUACGCAAAAAAUAUCGUUCUAUCGAAGCUUCGCUCAUGACCGAUGCGGAGCGUUUCGAGCGCAGUUUACGUGAAUUGGAGCAUUCACUUAGCGAGCAAAAGUCGGAGAUCGAACGCCUGCAACAGGUGCACAAUGAAGCCAUCGAAAUGCGAGAUGCGGCCAAGGUGGUGCUGCAGCGCCAAGAGCAACAGGCCAAUCUCUCACAGAAGACGCGCGAGCGCCAGGCUCUGGACUUUCGAAAGCAGGUGGAGGCGCGUAAGCUGGAGUUGGAGCGCAUUGGACGCAAGCUUUUCGCAGAGACCAAGACACUCGUGCAUCAGGAUAGUGUGGGAUCAAGCUCGGGCGAUCAGCACACGGCCAAGACUGAGAACGGUGAAGAGGAGCCAGUUUCACAACUCGAGAGCGUGACCAGCGACAUGGAGUCCCUGUUUAAGCAGCUUAUGGAGGCUUCGGGCGCCACCUCACCCUUCGAAGUCUUUGAGCGCUUCAGCGCCCAAAAGGAGUCAGCUGCACGUCUCACAUAUUUACGCAAAGCAGCUGAAGCCGAAAAAGCCAAUUUGGAGGCAGAACGUGAGGCACUUGCCAGCGAGUUGGAGGCUUCAAAGUUUUCGGAUGUCAAAGAGAGUGAAGUCAAUCAGGAGAUCAUCGAACAAAUAAAAAACAACAUUGCUGCAAUGGAAGAAGAACGCAAGAAAGACACAGAUGCCGCUGACAAGUCCUUGGGUGUGCUCAAAUAUCUGAAGGAGCGCAUUUGCGAGAUGAUAUUCAAGGUGCAGGAAGUGGAUGAGAACAACAUUGACAUGCGAGAACGUAAGCUGCACAUCACCGUAGCAGAGCUGCCCAACUUCCUGGCACAUGUGGCGCAGGACGAGGACCUAAUUGAGAUCCUUAAGCUGAAAAUCAAACGCUGCCAAGAGCUCAGCAAAGCAGACGAUAUACCACCACUUGAAAUACCCAAUCUGGACUUAGAAGACGAAGAGGAGGACUUGUACCCGUUGGAGCCACCCAAAUCGCCGUCCGUGCCCGAGGGCGAGAAGCCGCAGCCAAUGCCCAUGUGUUAUUACAACUUAUUCGCAGGACGCUCGCAGCGAGCGGCAGGCACUUCGUCGUCCUCGCCAGAACAGGCGCCGGCAGCAGUGGCCACAGCCGAUGAUGACAAUGAGGUGCCAUCUCGCAACUUCUUAAAACGCCAAUCUGUGCUCAUUGUGGACUCUAAGUCCCGACGGAAACCUUUUAGACCCCCACCUGGUGCCAGGCGCAAAUAGUCCCUAGCAUACAAAGCGAGGAUUAUAAUAAGCAAUUUACAAAUAAAGAUAUUUGCCAAUUUUAGGCGUUGCUUGUACUUCUUGGGUCUGUUUGCUCCUGGGAAAUG